AUGGUCCUAUUAGUCAGCUAUCCUGUUCCAAUUGAAGGAAUCCACCAUGCACAGCCUAAUGUAUCAGUAAAUGUUGAAGACUGUAAUAUCGGAACUGGAACGCUAUACAUAACAGAAAGCUUUGUCUUAUGGUUGAAUCCAAGGGAUGAAGGCAUCCAGCUUGAGUACAGACAGAUUAGUCUUCAUGCCAUUUCCAGAGAUCUCAAUGCAUUUCCACAUGAACACCUUUUGUGUCACUAUGAAGGAAAGUUGCCAGGUAUGGAUAACUCUAAUGAUGAGUCUGAUAAUGAAAAGGACACAGAGUCAGAGUAUGAGUUGACAGAGAUUCGCUUUGUUCCAGAGAACAAGGAGUCAUUGGAAACAAUGUUUGAAGCACUUGCAGAUUGUCAGACGCUGCACCCAGACAGUGACUGUCAGUUGUCUGAUGAUGAAUAUGAAAAUGCUGAAGAUGGUGGUGGAGAUGGCAUUUACAAUACUGCAGAGAACAUUUCCCAACUUACAGAACAGGGCAGAGCAAACUUGGAAAGGUUGAAUCACAUCUUGAUGACGGGCCAGGGUGAUGAAGACAUCGCAUCACGCACUACUCAGCUAAGUCUUGUAAAUG